GGUGAAAGAGAAAAGGAAAAGAAGAAAAUGUGUGGUUGGAAUUGGCGUAGUUCAAGUAAAAAAAUAAAUAAUGAAAAAUGAAACAAUACAAAUAGAAAAUAAAAAACAAACAACAUGAAAACGCAUUUUCUUGAAAAUUUAACAUGAAGGACUAUAUUAAAAAAAUACGUUUGUAAAAUGCGAAUUUCUCGCGUUAAAACUUUACGUCUUUCAUAUCCAUAUUAUUUGACCAUUCUCCUGUGUAUAAUGUUUGUUUUCUCAGCGAGUUUAAGUUACUAUAUUUUAAUAAAUGAUCAAUGCAACUGCUCUGGGCCUGUGAAUCAAAUAAAAUAUACAACGCCCAGUAGGAAGAAAUUAAUAAGUACUAAACAUAAAUUAGCAAUCUUAGUUCCUUAUAGAAACCGCUUCGAAGAAUUGUUAGAUUUUGUGCCAUAUAUGAAUAAUUUUUUGUCUAAUCAAAGAAUAAAUUUUGAUAUUAUAGUUUUAAAUCAAAUAGACCAAUACAGAUUUAACAGGGCUUCGCUUUUAAAUGCUGGCUUCCUAGAAACCAGAGAUAAUUAUGAUUAUAUAGCUAUGCAUGACGUCGACUUAUUACCUUUAAAUAUGAAUUUGUCUUAUAAAUAUCCAGAACAGCCUUUUCAUGUAGCGGCGCCUACUCUACAUCCUAGAUAUCAUUACGAUAAGUUCAUAGGGGGAAUUUUAUUGAUUAAUAGAAAGCAUUUUGAACUAGUAAACGGCCUAUCAAAUCGUUAUUGGGGUUGGGGGCUUGAAGAUGAUGAAUUCUAUGUUCGUUUAAAAGAUGCUCAUCUAAAUAUUACUAGACCAGUGAAUAUUACUACAGGAACCAAUGAUACUUUUAGACACAUUCACGGCAAAGACAGAAAACGAGACACAGCGAAAUGUUUCAAUCAACGUGAGGUAACGAGACGCAGAGACAGACAAACCGGUCUGCAUGAUGUCAAAUAUGAAAUUUUCGGUCGUAAACGAAUGGAAAUCGAAGAUUCGCCCGUAAUCGUGAUCAAUGUAAAGUUGCAUUGCGAUCUCACCGCCACGCCGUGGUGCAAUUGCGACAAAAAGGCUGAAACGAAUAAUUCUGCUAACAAGAAAAAAACGUGACAAAUGUACGGAAGUAGCUGUACGUUCUCGGUAGAUACUUACGUUAAUUCUAUGACUCCUAUACACUAUUAUUGAUGACGUAAUUGGAAAUACUUGUUCCACUAACAAUGAGAAUAUGUUAUUACAUUUUAUUUCUGUUAUUUUCAAGAUUGUCUUCAUUUAAGCAUUAAAAAUUGUUAGGUUACAUACCUUUAACACGUUCACUGCGCAUGUCAUGGAUCGGUGACCUAACCCUACCUUUGUCAAGGUUCCAUGACAUGAUAGUCUGUCUCAAUCUAAGAUUAAAAUAAAUGAUAGUUAUUAGAUAGGGGCUCAACAAUAAACAUUGUUAAACUACUUUUUUACAACCUAGAAACAAUAUUUUAACGUAUUUAUGUCAAACUCUGACAGAAUGGUUUUUCUUAAAAGUUAACUGUCAAUGGAACACAAAUUAUGUCACACCAAUAUUGGAAAAUGUCAUCAAGAAGUUUAAUAAGGA